GGAGGUGUGGAGAAUGGAUGGGCGUGAGACCACGACCGGGUACCUUAUCAUGGAGAUGCCGUCCAGUUCACGGCUCCGGGCGUUCAUGGCUUUCCCAAUCAACGUGCAUUCCACAAUCUACUCAAGGGCAUCGGGCUUGCCGCAUCCAAGCGAACUCUAUCCGAAGCUCUCAUUAGAGUCUAUCGGCAGGUCAUGAACACUUAUCCGGAUACAGGAGACUUCAUUGCGCACUUCGAGAGUCAUCGUCCUGACAAAGCCAAAGCUCGAUGCAACGAAGACGGUAUUGUAAA